GGCCAGACCGCCAGGGACACGGGAUGGUAGAGUGAGAAGCUGGAGGGUCUAACGGGACAUGCGUAAGGAUUGAAAUCGAACAAAUUUCUGACUGCUGGUGCAACUGUGUGAGGCGUCACCAUGCCCCUGGUGAAGAGGAACAUCCAGCCCCACCAUCUGUGCCGGGGGGCGUUGCCGGAUGGCAUCGGCAGUGAGCUGGAGUGUGUGAUGAACAACACCCUCUGCUCCAUCAUCCGCCAGCUCAGCAGCCUGAGUAAACAUGCAGAAGAUAUCUUUGGGGAGCUGUUCAAUGAGGCCAAUACAUUCUACUUGAGAGCCAACUCCUUACAGGACCGGAUUGACCGCCUGGCAGUCAAGGUCACCCAGCUGGACUCCACAGUGGAGGAAGUCUCUCUGCAGGACAUUAAUAUGAAGAAGGCGUUUAAGAGCAGUACCGCCCAGGACCAGCAGGUGGUGUCCACGAGGAGUGUUCCCAUCCCAGUCAAGGAGAUGUACAACUUGAGUGACAAGCCUCCACCUCUCAACAUCCUGUCCAAAUAUAGGGAUGACCACAAGGAGGGGAUGAAGUUCUAUACCGACCCGUCCUACUUUUUCGACCUGUGGAAAGAGAAGAUGUUACAGGACACGGAGGACAAGAGGAAAGAGAAGAGAAAGAAUAAAGAGCAAAAGCGUUGUGUGGACGGCACGUUGCAGAGGGAGGUUAAGAAGGUCCGUAAGGCUCGAAACCGUCGCCAGGAGUGGAACAUGAUGGCCCUGGAUAAGGAGCUGAGGCCAGACAACCGAUACACUCACUCUCUUCACCGAGGGGCCACAUCUGACGGGUCCCUUUCCCCUGAGAUGAGGGGUCUUGGGCCUGACCACACGGACCACCACCAACGCAACUAUGCCAACUCAAUGAACCAUGCCGGCCACGCCCACACCUACUCCGGCCCGCCUCCCAGCCUCCUGGCCGCCCAGAUGGCCGCUCAGGGACACGCCACUCUGGACCACGACUACAGGGGUGCAUCCGUGGCCUACAGGGGGGGAACCCUGGGACGCCCCCACAAUGCCCCGCCCCCACCGCCGCCCAUGGAGUCCAUGAACGGAUCCGUGUCCCUAGCGCCCAUGGAUUACAGCAUGAUGGAGGGAUAUGGAAACAGGCCCCCUGCCCCUUCUACCGGUCCUCUCAUGCCAUCGGCACUGUCAGCCUUCGCAACGCCCCCCGGAGGCCCACUUCCUGCUCCUGGACCAAUGGGAUCGGCCGGCGGUUAUGCCCCGCCUCCGCCGCCGCUCUCCGGGUCCCUUGCGGCUCCGCCUCCGCCGAUGCCUCCCCCUCCUCCUCCCGGGUGUUCCUACUCCACCACUCCCAAGGUGCCCUCCGUGCCCAAGGACAGCCAGCCUGUCAACGACGCUCGGAGUGAUCUGCUGGCCGCCAUUCGCAUGGGUAUCCAGCUGAAGAAGACUCAGGAGCAGCAGGAGCAACAAGCCAGGAAGGAGCCGGUUGGGAACGACGUGGCAACCAUCCUGUCCCGACGCAUCGCCGUCGAGUACUCGGACUCCGAGGACGAUUCCGAACCGGAGGAGAACGACUGGUCCGACUAGCGUGCACACACACACAUAACAGCAAACACACAAAAUCCGCACAGGAAAAGCUAAAAAGCACAAACAUAUGUGCACAUUCACGUCCACAAACAAAUAACCACUAAAACGUGUAUGUACCAACACAAUAACGAACACACAUUCCCACGUGUGAUAGGUGUCUUUUGUUCAGGAUGUGUAAAUUGACUGAUUCAGCAGCUGAAGCAUUCAGACCGGGAACACAAUGGGUUGUAUUCAAAACGCAUACAGUCACGGUCAGCUGCAAUACUGACACUAAAUGAAUAUUCAGCACUAUUACUAUUAACAUUUAGGAACACUCAAGGAACACAGGGCAUCUUGAAUACAUCCCACGGGAAUAAGGUGCCACUCUCAGAAUAACGUUAUGCAUACAUAAAACCCUAAAUGCCCUUUACGUGGCAACAUGAGUGGGCUUCAUCUCAGUUAUAGGUAAUCUUUUCUAAUGUUUUUAAUGAAACACUUGUUAACCGUUAAUCUGGGCCUGAGACACGUUUUCAAUGUGUAGAUUGUAGCAAACUGGAAAAUGAAGAGGUAUCAGGGCGCUCAGUCUGGACUGUGGUAGCAACAUUCGUGAGGAGGAGACGGGAGGAGACGUUUUCAAAGCGUUUUCCCACAGUAUUCCUUCAGAACCAGACCGGUGUCUGACUGAGGCUGUAAUUCAUCGUCCUCAGAAGCCCUUCGGGAUAGAACCAAUGUGAACAGCCCUAAUGGGGUAGUCUGUGGAGAUUAGAGCGUGGCUGCAGUGAGUGAGUGAGUGUGUGUUUGGAGAUCAGAGGGUUUUGGUUGAAAGGGGAUGGAUGAAAGAGUAACACCCUGCUUGGGUCUGUGAUUGUUUAGUGACGGCUAGAAGAAAUACGGAAGGAUUUGGUUGGAUCUGUUGUAGGGUUUUUAUGGCUAUUUUCCUUGUGAACCCUGUAACCUUUGAACUCUGUGACCCUGAUGAUGAAUAAAAAAAAAGAGGUAUAUAAAUGGAUUUUCACAA